AUGAGAGAGCUCGGCUUGGUUCUCCUGUGCCUCCUCCGCAUCUCCAGGAAGGGUGUGCAGUGCAAUGGCUGGUCUGUCCACGUCCCGUCUGACGUUACUGGAGAGCUUGGGAAGAUGGUUAUCCUGCCCUGCACCUUCACACACCCCUACAAAACAUUUGACCGGGCCCUCGCGGCCAUCUGGAGGAUCAAGGAGCCUUACAACGGCACGGUGAUCUUCAAGUGUGUGAGCCAGAGCAGCAGCGAGCUCUGCAAGACUGCCAUCAGCCACAAGAACAAGUACAAACUGCUGGGCAACCCCCGGCACAAGGACCUGUCCCUCAGGGUGGACAACCUGACCUGGAGCGACAGCGAGAGGUACUUCUGUCGGGUGGAGCUGGCUGGAGAUAUCCAGGACAAGUAUGAGAGCAGGAAUGGGAUAAAGCUGCAUGUGAUUGCCGCCCCCAGGAUCAUUAACAUCACGGUCAGCUCCAGCGGGGACCACACUUUCCAGGCCCGCUGCACGGCCGAGGGGGAGCCAGCGCCUGCCCUGACCUGGAGCGGGCCCCCCUACAGCAACCUGAGCUCCAGCAGCAGCUCCAGCCACCGCGUCACCAAGGAGCUGCGGUCCCUGACCCACGACGGGAAGUACACCUGCACCGCUGUCAACAGCCACGGCAGGGCAGAGGGGGCCGUCUACUUCUACAAAUUCAGAGCCUCCGACAGCUCCUCCUUCAUGAUCCUGAUCUUUGUCCCGCUGGGGAUCAAGGUGGUCAUUUUGCUGGUGAUACUGAGCUUCACCGCUCUCUCCAGAGAAGGUCCCCCCUCUGCUCCACCCAGCCUGGCCAGGCCACAGCUGCCGGAGUGCACCUACGAGAACUGUGACCGCCGGCACAGCCAGACCCGGCCCAGGGCAGGGGCAGCGCCCAGGCGCAGCUGAGGGGCCGGCGGGACCCGUCCCCACGGAUCUCCUUCCCCCAGGCAGCACAGAACCGGCCCUGGCUGAGGCACAGGGGGUCAGACCAGCCUCGGGGAGCUUGGGACUGCAUCAUCUCUAAAGGUCCCUUCCACGAUGCUGUGAGUUCCAGCCCUGCUUCUCCUCACAGGUGAAAGCAGCCUUUAUGUGAAAGAGUGAAAAGAGAAGAAAGAGUGAUGGAGCUGGAAGGGCAAAACGUGGUCAGUUUUAACUUAUCUGUGUUUUUAGCCCCUGUCAAAUAUUUAAGCAAGCAGGCAAUAGUAUAAAAUUGCCUCAGAGCUUUUUGCUUUGGUACUUUUCAGGCAUUGCUCUGAAAAGCAUUCUCACCACCCCGCUUCUCCAACCACACCCAAGUGGGCUACUGACAUGAUAAAAAUCCUAGCUGUGGCAAAACACUACUGGAAUUUCUGAUGGGGCUUGUUCCUUUUUUUAAAAAUUAUUAUUAUUAUUCCUAAACACCCAGAACAGUUUAUUUUUGAGUUUAAAAGGAAACCUUAGCCUUAAAGAGGAGUCCAAGCAAAAGAUGUUUUCCAAAAACUGGUAGAGCUGAAAGUAGUCUGUGUACUAACUCUGCUUCAGGUCCUAGUGCCCAGAA